AUGAGCUCGUCCUUCACCAUCUCCCUCCCUCUUCUCUUCUCCAUCAAUUUGUUCAUCGGCAACUCUCACACAAGCGAAGCAGCACUUACUUAUAACGCCUUCAAAUGCUCCGGCACCAAACAAUUCCUUCCUGGUUGCACCUACCAAAAAAACCUCAAUGAACUCCUCUCAUCACUUUCCUCCGCCGCCAAUUCUGCCGGCAACAACAGCAGCAGCAGCGGUGGAUUCUCCAACGCCACUGCUGGCAGCCCACCAGACCAGGCCUACGGGAUCUUCCUCUGCCGUGGCGACAUCGAUGCCCUGACAUGCAGCAACUGUAUAGGCACCGCAGCCCAAAAGAUUGGCCCGCAAUGCCCCGGCAAAAGAACCUCCAUCAUCUGGUAUGACGUAUGCAUGCUGAGGUACUCGAAUCAUCCCAUUUACUCGGUUAUGCAAACAGCCCCUGCGUCGACACAUGCGAACAGAUCGAGCAUCACAGACGACCAAUCUCGGUUCAUUCAACUGCUGAAAGAGGCCUCGGAGGAUGUAGCACGGAAGGCCCCGAGCAGCAGAUCGGGGAAGAAAGUGGCCGCCGCAGAGGCGGAGCUCGCGGACUCGCCACAGCUUUACAUGCUCGCUGAGUGCACACCCGACUUGACGCCAUCGGACUGCCGCAAAUGCCUCCGUUGGGCAAUCGCACAUCUCCCUCAGGCGACGCCAGGAGGAAGAGUGUUGACUCCCAGCUGCAACGUGAGGUUUAGGGAGGACCGCUUUUACAAUGCCACCGCGUUGGGGACUGUGGUGGCGGUGGGAGGGCGACCACCGGUCCAGCUUCCUUCUGCUCCUGCUCCGGCAACCGGACCUAAAGGUAUACUUGACUCCACAAGCAUGUGUAAUGCCAUCAAGAAAAGGAAUAGUUUGGAAAUGUGCCAAGGGCUUACCACAGUGGAGUCCUUGCAAUUUGACUUGGCUACAAUACAAGUAGCAACAAAUUAUUUCUCUCCUGAAAACAAGUUGGGUGAAGGUGGAUUUGGUGAAGUUUUCCAGGGUAGACUUCCUAAUGGACAACAAAUUGCGGUGAAGAGGCUAUCUCGAAGGUCAAGACAAGGUGUUGAAGAAUUUAAGAAUGAAAUUCUAUUAGUUGCAAAGCUUCAUCACGAAACCUUGUACGAUCGUUGGAUUUUGCUUGGAGGAGAUGAAAAGUUGCUAGCCUACGAGUUAGUGCCAAAUAAAAGCCUCGACUUCUUAUUUGAUCCCAAGAAAAGGAGACAGUUGGAUUGGCCAUUACGUCAUAAAAUUGUUUUUGGGAUUGCAAGAGGAAUGCUCUAUCUACACGAAGAUUCUCGUCUCCGGGUCAUCCAUCGUGACCUUAAAUGUAGCAAUAUCUUAUUAGACAGUGAAAUGAACCCCAAGAUUUCAGAUUUUGGCAUGGCAAGGAUUUUUGGAGUUGACCAAACUCAAGCAAGCACAAACAAAAUAGUGGGGACUUUUGGUUAUAUGUCUCCAGAAUAUGCGAUGCAUGGAGAGUUCUCAGUGAAAUCCGAUGUAUAUAGUUUUGGCAUAAUACUUCUAGAGAUCAUAUGCGGCAAGAAGAAUAACUACUACCACCAACUGGACGAGGGUGAAUAUCUUGCUAGUUAUGUGUGGAAUCAAUGGAGAGAUGGCAAGCCCUUGGAAGUGUUGGACCCGGCUAUCGUGGAUUCAUAUUCAAGAGAUGGAGUGUUUCGAUGCUUGCACAUUUGCUUACUAUGCACAGAAGAUCCGACUAUUAGACCCACUAUGGCAACCGUAGUUCUCAUGCUCAACAACAAUUCCUUUACCUUGCCAUUGCCUCGACAUCCCGCCUUCUUCGUCCAAAGUAGCUUGUCUGGACCAAGCAUUCAAAUGGAAGAACUUAAAUUGAACCAAUCUCCUAGGAGGACUAUGCCUUCAUCAACAAAUGGCAUGUCAAUUACUGAAUUGUGCCCCCGAUGA